ACUCUGACACUAAAUAAUGUCAAGACUCAAAAUUGCAAACGUUUCUUCAACUCCAAAAUAAAAUCAAUAUUUAUCAUUAUAAUCAUAAAUUGCACGUGAACUUUGAAUUGGUGAAACCUGUAGAGUAUAAAUUGCAUUAAAAUUACUAUGGCAGCGGUGGGCAAAUGUCAAAAAGAUAAACCAGCAGGUCGGCCCAGCCCCGUCCCCGCGCCGCGCCCCACGGCCGCGUCUGCCGCGCGCGCCGCCCGCAACGCCACCAACCGGAGCCUGGCACAAGCCAAGGAGAGACCCAAGAAUUCGCCCUCCAAUGUUGGAAAGGCCAAGACUUCUCCACAAGCACAUACGAAAGACAAAUCCGAUCCUGUGCAAAUAAGCCCUGCAAAACAACCUGAUGAAGUGAUUAAUAACACAAUACCUGACCAGCACGCAAAUGAAGAAAUUGAAACAUUUGUGGUAGCACGAGAUUACAUUAUUAAUACUAUAGACGAGAUCUCUGAAAGCCACAAUACUGGAAACAGUCAUCAAGAACUUCCAGACAUUGAAGCUGACGAAGCGGAAGUAAAUAAUAUUAGUCGACCACCAACACCAAAAGUUCCAGAAGCACCAAAGUGUCCCAGCAGACCCCGAACACCGAAAGUGCCCGAAGCACCCCACUUACCCAGCAGGCCCCAAACACCAAAACUUCCCGAAGCACCAAAGUGCCCCAGCAGGCCCCAAACACCAGUUCACCCAGGGCAGAACUCGAAUGUAUCCAGCCGACCCAACACCCCGCUCAGGGCGAGCAGUUGGAGCAAGAAUCAUUCCUCAGUGACGAUUCCACGGCUCAACUCCGCAAAGUCAGCGAUUCCAGAGCCUUGCAACAAAGAACCAGACUUGAAAGCUGUUUACGCCGCACAGCAUCAGCAGUUUAACACUAUGAAGAAAGAACUGGAUACAAGACAACAAGCAAUCCUGGAAUUAUUUGACAACCUUCAAGGUCUCCGCAUGCGCAUGGACCACGAGGGCAUCCCGGGGUCGGGGGAGGGGGUGCAGGUGAAUGACCUGGUGCUGCUGAACGUGACAGACUGGGCCAGUGACGAGGUGGCCCGGCUCUACCGCGACGCCCUCGCCGCUCACAGCCCCGACGAUGCUAUUGAGCUUGUCGCUAGUAUUUUACCUUAUGAUGAAAAUUCCCUUGCGGAAUUAGACGAAAGACUGACCAAUUUACCUGUUGGCUUUGUUGAUCUAUGCUUAGAGGCAAUCACUACACGUCAAGAAAUAAUAGAUUGGGUGAAAGAAGAUCUUAUUGAAAUCCACGAUAUCAAGGACGAGGAUGUGAUGGAACGCAUAGCCACCUUCAACACACAGGGGCUGGAGUUGUGCGAAGCUCUUCGGGGGCUGAAACAUUUCUCCGACAAUAUCGUGGGCACCAUGAAAAAUCUCUCAAACCGUGUCUUCCAAGAACGCAGCGCAUUGGUGUCGGUGGGCGAAACGUUAGUUCGGGAAAUCGAGAGGCUGCGGUUGGACAUCAGUAACCAUGCAGCGGCUUUAGCAGAACUGCAAAAAAAUCAGUCAGUGGACACACGCCGUGAGCUGGAAGAAGAACGGGCGGCGAGACACUCGGCCAACAGCAAGUUAUCGAACCUGGAACCCCAACUGCGACAAGCCAAGCUCCGGAUCAGCAAGAUGGAUCGACAGCUGAAAGAGGCUGAAGCCAGUAUAGCUAGCCUCACCGGCACUGUCAAGUCUCUGGAGGAUCAGAGUCGACAACGAGAAAGUAUAUUGGAGGGAAAAGCUAGAAAAUUACGGGAAUCUUUGAGAACCACAGAAUUGGCUAACAAUCAAACAUUACAGCAACGGAACGCUUUGCAAACCGAGGUGCAGGAGUUGAAAGAACAAAUCUCCAAAAUGACUGAGCAACACAAAUCCGUUAUCAAAGAACUGAACAGUGAAGUAAAGGAGUUAAAAACGCUACUUGAUGAACAGAAAGCACGCUUUGAAGCUGAGGAGCUAAGAAAUAAAGAAGCAGAUGAAAAAAUUGCAGCAAGCCAAGCUUGUAUUGAGGCACUAAAAGCAAAAAUUACUGAGAUGGAGGAGAGCAGACCAAAUCCGGAAUUACCAACUGAAAGAGAAAUGGAGCUAUGGUCAGAGCUGCACGCGACCAAGGAGACUCUGCGGGUGGCAGAGGACGAGGUGACCGCGUGUAAACGAGAGAAAAUACGCUUCCUGGAAACACUAACAAAAAUCACGAAAACUGAGGACAAAGUGGGGAUACAGCAAAAAUUGGCUGCGGAACUGGUGACGAAGGAGGAAAUAAUAGACAACAUGCAAAGGCAGAUCCGAGAGCUAUCAAAGAACGUGAAACUAAACGAACAUAAAGUGAUGCAGUACGAGCAAUACGUGAGAGAUUUACAAGCCAACAACACCAAUAACCAAGGGGACUCCAAUGGGUAUAAUGUGGCAGAACUUGAACAAGAGAUAUUGCACUUAAAGAUGGCGGUGCUGGAUGCCAACCAUCAGAACGACGCGCUGGCGGAGCAACUGCUACAAAAAGAGCAGCAAAUCGACCAACAAGAAAAAACCUCAAAAGCUCAAGGGAGAGUCAUCAAGAUCCGCGAGGAGCUGAUCGGUCUACUGAAGGGCAAGGAGGCGGAGCAGGCGCGGCGGCUGGCGGGCCUGCAGGCGGACCUCGACCAGAGGAUGAAGCUCGUGGACGAAGUGAACCAGCAAAUCGCGGGCAAGGCGGACGAGAUCCAGGAGUUGUUCUCGACUCUAGAAACCAAGCAGCAGCAGAUCCGGCGACUGGAGAAGAUCGUGCUGGCGCUGGAGGAGCAGCAGCGGCGUGCGCAGGCGCAGCGCACCCGGCACGAGGAGAAGAUCGCGGCGCUAGAGCACGAGCUCGCGGCCGGCGGACGCAGGGAGCGUUUUUUGUUGCAGAAAAUUCCUCUUCUUCUAAGUCCGUGUCGCAUUUGUGCAGCCUGCGUGAAGAAGGUGUGGAAGUGAGCGUAUACUUAGUGAAAGUGUGAUGUUUUUAUAGUUUACAACGUCUUGUGUAUGUUCAGUUUUUUUAUAAAUCUAUACCUUCUUA